GUGGAUUUGAUCCGCUGUUGCUACACGUGGAUAUGAAAUGAGUGGAGCGGAGCUUUGAUAGCAACGGAUUUCAUCUACUCUGGGACAUUACUUCUCACUUUGUACACUGGAAUAAAAGACACAGCAAACAGUUCUUUAAGGCCUUCAGGAUAUUUUGAUGAACCUGAUCUCAUUUAAUCCCCUCAAGAGAUAUUUAAUUGAGUUCUUGUGUUCUGUACCUACAGCCUUCUUACCAUGGAUUGCCAAGAAAAUGAGUACCAGGACCAAUGGGGACGGUGCGUCACAUGCCAACAGUGUGGUCCUGGACAAGAGCUCUCCAAGAGCUGAUCCCUUCUCCAAGAUCCUAUAUAGCAAUGUUGAUGACUCCCAUCUGUCUGCAGGAUUGUGGUUAUGGAGAGGGUGGAGACGCAUACUGUACAGCUUGCCCUCCUCGAAGGUACAAAAGCAGUUGGGGCUAUCACAGAUGUCAGACUUGCAUUACCUGCGCCAUCAUCAAUCGUGUCCAGAAGGCCAACUGUACAGCUACCUCUAAUGCAGUCUGUGGGGACUGUCUGCCCAGGUUCUACCGAAAGACACGCAUUGGAGGGCUACAGGACCAAGAGUGCAUCCCAUGCACAAAGCAGACCCCCACCUCUGAGGUUCAGUGUGCCUUCCAGUUGAGCUUAGUGAAGGCAGAUGCACCCACAGUGCCCCCUCAGGAGGCCACACUUGUUGCACUGGUGAGCAGUCUGCUAGUGGUGUUUACCCUGGCCUUCCUGGGGCUCUUCUUCCUCUACUGCAAGCAGUUCUUCAACAGACAUUGCCAGCGUGUUGCAGGAGGCUCGUUGAAGUUUGAGGCUGACGAGGCAGUGGAGGAGGAAUCUCUUUUCCCCGUGCCACCUGGCCAGGAGACCAGUCCUGAGUCCCCAGUGAUUGAGAGCAUCUUUGAGACCCAGCCACUUAACCCCAUCCUGGAUGACGACUGCAGCUCGACUCGUGGCUUCCCCACACAGGAGUCAUUUACCGUGGCCUCCUGUGCCUCAGAGAGCCACUCCCACUGGGUCCACACCCCCAUCGAAUGCACAGAGCUGGACCUACAAAAGUUUUCCAGCUCUGCCUCCUGUACUGGAACCGAAAACUUGGGUGGGAAUACAACUGACAGCGCUGGAGACAGGCGGGAGCUCAAUGUGCCCUAUGAAGUUCCUAGCCCUUAACUCUACUGAGGUCUCUCAUGCUCCUGAAAGCCUUGUCCAGUCAUUCUUUGAUUCUCCUGCCUUGUUCCUAUACCACAACAGCUGCAGGGGCCUGGGAUGUGGUAUCUACAAAUGGGGUAUUUCCUAUCCCAUACUACCAGCGGAUUGAUCCUGUACCAUCUUCCCAGAAC